UCCCACUUGAUGACGUCAGUUUCGGCUCUGACAAGCUGGUGGUGCCGGAAGAAAAGAUGGCGGAUCAUGAGGAGCAGUUAUCUGAUGAGGAGAAGGUACGCAUAGCAGCAAACUUCGUCAUCCAUGCCCCACCAGGAGAGUUCAAUGAAGUUUUCAAUGAUGUGCGAUUGCUGCUCAACAAUGAUAAUCUGCUUAGGGAAGGUGCCGCACAUGCUUUUGCACAGUACAACGUGGACCAGUUUACCCCUGUGAAAGUAGAAGGAUAUGAAGAACAGGUUUUAAUCACAGAGCAUGGGGACCUAGGCAACGGUAGGGUCCUGGACCCUAAGAACAAGAUCUCCUUUAAGUUUGACCACCUGAGGAAGGAGGCCAGCGACCCACGGCACCAGGAUGUAGACGGAGCGAUGGAGGGUUGGAGGAGUGCUGUGGAUGGGGCUGUCCGGGCCUAUGUGAAGGAGCACUACCCCAGUGGUGUCUGCAGCAUAUAUGGUAAAACCAUUGACGGACAUCAAACCAUUAUCGUCUGUAUCGAAUGCCAUCAGUUUCAACCAAAAAACUUCUGGAACGGACGCUGGAGGUCAGAGUGGAAAUUCACCAUUGGUGGCUCCACCACUCAGGUGGCCGGCAUCAUGAAAAUCCAGGUGCAUUACUAUGAAGAUGGUAACGUUCAGCUGGUCAGCCACAAAGAGGUCCAGGAGUCCAUGUCCAUUUCUAACGAAGCUGCCACUGCCAAGGAAUUCAUCAAGAUCAUGGAGGCUGCGGAGAACGACUACCAGACCGCAAUUAAUGAGAAUUACCAGACCAUGUCGGACACUACCUUCAAAGCCUUACGUCGCCAGCUUCCUGUGACGCGCACCAAGAUCGACUGGAACAAGAUCCUGAGCUACAAGAUCGGCAAAGAGAUGCAGAACGCUUAAAGACACAAAGUGGAAAUUCCCAAUAUUGCAUGACUGGAUGGUUGUUUUGUCUUUGUAUGAAUUAGGUAAAUGGGAUAGGAAAAAAGGUUUGGUCUCGCAGGAAAAAUUAUCAAAUGUUAUUACACUUAAGAUGUCUACUUUUAUUAAUACUUUUAUACAGACACCAUAAAAUAAUCUGUAUAAUACACGUGAAAAUCAUGAUGUAAUUAUUGGCGAAAUAGGACAUAGAGUAAGACAUAGUGCAUAGGAGAGGUGGUGAAGCAUCAUAUGCAAGACAAGCCGAUAUGUGUGUGCAAUAUUUAUUAUAGUGUAGAGACCACACCUUUUCUUUGACCCAUGGAAAAAAUAAACAUUGAAAUUGCAAUGAUGAGACUAUUAAGAGAAAUCAGUUUAUGUAUGAAACUUGGAGUAGAACUUUAAAAUGGGCCAAUAUAGGAUACUAGAAUAAUAUACUGUACAACAGUUACCAUGGUUACUGUCCCAUCCUGUAUAGGAUUACCGUCAUGUUCAAUGGCUCGUUCUACUUUUGCACAAACAAGUAGUCCCCUUUGUUGUCAACCACUCAACUUGUUCCCCUUAUUGGUAGGCUCGGUGCCGGGGGGGGGGCGUGAUCCUCCUGAUACAAUCUGUGCCCACUCAGUUUUGUUUCCCCAUAAACAGUGCAAAUGGUAUAUGAAUUAGAUAUGCCCCCUCAUUUAUGAAAAAUGCCUCCUCAGACAUUUCUUCCAGCAGCCGGGCCUACCUCUCAUGGUUUUGUCCUAGCCCGUAUGUGAAAAGCUCGUGUCAAACUUGUGACCCUCCUGGCUUAAACACAAGUUAACUCAUUGAAUUUUGAAAUUUAACUUUCGUUCAGCAAAAAGGGAGCAGAACUGAUGCCCUGACAUGCUUAAUUGAUUAAUGAGUAUUUCAUUGUUACUAAAUGUCGAUCAUGUUCAAUUAAUUUACAAUAAAAUUAAAGUUUCACUAUCUCCCCCAGUGCUUAUUUUUGAAUUUAAACAGACUUGACUGUAUUAUAACACGGCACAAUGUAAUAUAUACCUGUAUUAAACAUCCUUGUCUGUCA